AUGCCUCACGCCACAGAUACCGAGUACCACCACAUCGGGCUGAAGCAGCUCGGCCCGACAUUCGCAGCUGAGGUCACUGGGGUGGAUUUCUCCAAGCCUGUUGAGAAGGACGUAUUUGAUGAAAUCCGUCGAGCCAUUGUCGACUAUGGAGUGCUCGUUUUCCGCAACGCCGGUCUCGACGAUGCACGACAUGUUGCCUUCUCUGCCCUCUUUGGCGAACUAGACGACAUCAAGCCAUAUUUGACUUUAGGUCGCAAGAAUCGCUUCCCCUUUGAUGAGCUGUUCGACGUCUCGAACCAAGAGGACGACGGGCAACUUGUCAAAAUUGGAAGUAAACGUCAUCACAUGGGUCUGGGCAAUUCGAUCUUUCACGUCGACUCGAGUUUCAACCCCCGACGAGCCGGCUAUAGUCUCCUUCGCGCCCACCAGCUUCCCCCCAAGGGCCACGGCGGCAACACCGACUUCGCCGACACGCGAACCGCCUUUGACGAGCUUCCCGAAGACCUGCGCCGCGACCUGCUCGAGAACGAGUAUAUUGGGGCGCACAGCCUGAUGCAUUCGCGGAAGAAAGCCGCGCCCAAAGACAGCCCGUGGCUGAAGGACGUGAACCCGGAAGAAUUCCCCUUUGGGCGGCACGACGUGGUCCAGACACACCGCCCCAGCGGACGGCGCAACCUCUACAUCGCCAACCACAUGCAUCACCUCGAGUACAAGACGCCGCGCUCAGCCGACUUUGUGCCCACGCCAACGCAGCCGUUUGAACGGGUCCCCGAGCCGCAGGGUACGGAGCUCAUCGAGAGACUGCUCGCGCACGCCGCACAGCCCAAGUACGUCGUCAGCGUCGAGUGGGAGAACGAGGGCGACCUGGUCGUGUGGGACAAUACCUGCGUCAUGCACAAGGCCGGCGAGGGCACGUUUAUGGAGAAGUUCGCCCGCGACAUGAGGAGGUGUACCGUGCACGACGGCAGCGUGGAUGCGUGGGGACACAACGAGCGGACGACCAAGAGGAUGGGGUUGCCGUGA